UCUUCCUCUUCUUCCUCUGCUUCCCGCUCUCGUCCUCCCAUGUCGUGCCUCAGCACCGGUAGCGCUUCGGGUAUACACAGAUCCUGGACUUUAUUUUUAAUUGAGUAACCUGCAUCCUGCUGACCAAGAAACCAGAUUUAAAUUCUCCUUUUUAGUAGUGUUUGGUUGUUUUUCUUCCUUGUUGGAAGGGCUCAGCAGUGGCUCCUGUUCACUUCAAUGACAGUGUGCUGCUAAUGGGUGUAAGUAAAUUAGAUGUCUUAUACCGAAAGCUUCUCCUCACUAAACUUUUCAUCAGAGGAUGGGGAAAGCCAGAGGAUCUGAAAAGAAUAUUUGAAUUCAGAAAGAUUAUUGGAAACAGGGAAAAAUGCCAGACGCUCGUUUCGAAAGAUUACCCAGUGUUCAUUGACAAGGUUGAGGGGCAAUCAGACUGUAAAAUCCUUGAGGGGCACUUCAUUUCCCCUUUGGCUCAUUGUGUCCCAGGUAUUCUGCCAGUGGAAUCUCUUGUAGCAAGAUUUCAGUUCAUCAUACCCAGAAGAUGGAAUGGCAAGCACAGACCUGUGUGCAUUCAUUUAGCAGGCACUGGAGACCAUCACUUCUGGAGGAGACGCACGUUAAUGGCCCGGCCAAUGAUUAAAGAAGCCUGUAUGGCUUCCUUGUUGCUAGAAAAUCCUUAUUAUGGCUGUAGAAAACCUAAGGAUCAAUUUUUCAGUCUUAGAGUGACACUGAUGAGUGCUUCCAAAGCUGACAUACUGAUUGCUCUUCAAAUGUUGUGUGCAAUUUUCAAUGAUGUAAAACAGAAAAGACGGUCAUGUUUAAAAAAUGUCUCGGACCUGUUUGUGAUGGGAGGAGCUCUAAUUCUAGAAUCGGCAGCUCUUUUGCACUGGCUAGAGAGAGAAGGCUAUGGACCACUAGGGAUGACUGGAAUAUCCAUGGGAGGACAUAUGGCUUCACUGGCAGUGACAAACUGGCCUAAACCCUUGCCAUUGAUUCCAUGUCUUUCCUGGUCAACAGCCUCUGCAGUCUUCACUACGGGUGUGCUGAGUAAGGCAGUGAACUGGAGAGAGUUGGAGAAACAGUAUUUUACAGAAACGGUGUAUGAAGAAGAAAUCAUUCAAAUGCUUGAAUAUUGUGGAACGGAUUCUUUCAAGAUGGGACAAGACUUUGUGAAGAACUUCCCUGACAGUGUGGACAGUCUGGCAGACAUGGACAUGACUUCCAGAAUAUUCAGCUUUGAGUCCUUGAACGACACUGUACCUAAGGAAUCUGUUCACACCUUUGCCACAAAUAGAAGUGCUCUAAGUGCCUCUUCAGAAAGACUCUUAAUGCAAGAUGCUCCUAAAAUGCAGUGCAUAAAUCAAACCUUUUCCACCAGUAGCAGUAGCAAUAAAAACUUAACCAGCCCACAAGGACACAGGGUAAAUACAAGGAGAAGAAGUGAAACUUUACAGAGAGAAUCCUUAAUGUUCAUGAAGGGAGUAAUGGAUGAAUGUACCCACGUAGCUAACUUCCCAGUUCCAGUUGACCCAAGUUUAAUCAUAGUAGUACAAGCCAAGGAGGACGCGUACAUUCCCCGCACCGGCGUGCGCAGCCUCCAAGAGAUCUGGCCAGGCUGUGAAAUCAGGUAUCUGGAUGGAGGUCAUGUCAGUGCCUACCUCUUCAAACAAGGACUCUUCAGACAAGCGAUUUACGACGCGUUUGACCGCUUCCUCCAGAAAUACACUAUGUGAUCUUUCUAAUGCAUUCAGACUGAUCUCAUUUGUAAUUCAGCUUACUGGAACUCAUGUUUGGAAAACAAGCCUCUUGUAGUGCUGAGCAGAUGGUCACUGACUGUUGUAGGUAACAAUUACCAGAAGUGGUAAAGUACCAGCAUUGCUUUCAUUUCAAUCCAGUGCCAUUCUGACACAGCUGCUUCAGCGUUACCUGUGAAAAAACAACAGCAGCAUUUGUCAGUGCAUGAACAGUUCCUGUCCUUCAUUUCUAAUUAGACUGUGUGUUCCUUCAAUUCUGAAUAAACUCUGAAUCGUGUGUCAGUAGAAAACAGACCAAUCAAGUAUUGGAAGAAUGUAAAAUGUGCUGUGGGGCUAAGCUGCUCUCUUGUGUUUAGUGUGGUUUUGGUUUGUUCCAGAUACCUCGGUUACCUCUUGCUUCCUUAUGGCCUUGCUAUUCCUAUUGUGUUGGACUGUGGUUUUGCCAGCACUCAGCCUCUUGUGUUUGUCACUGCUUUUCUCUUCAAUUAUGAAUUGAAAAUGAGCCUUAGCAGAAGGCUCAGCACCACAUCUUGCAAAGAGAGACUUUGACAAUUCAAGGAGAAGUGAGAGAGAGAUGGUUUUGUUCAAUACGUCCGUGAAGUUUUCCUGCCACUGAAUUAAACCGUGCCAUUACACAAGGAUCAUGUAGCAAUUCAUCAGCCAGGUUCACAAAACUGGAAUAAGUGAAGAUCAAGUGUCUGGUAAUUAAUUGUUUACAUUAAUUCAGUUGGAUAACAUAAGCUUCCAGAUUUCUUUUCUUUUUUUGGAGUGUUAGAUGAAAUAGAAAUAUCAUCCUUUUACUUUCUUAGCACUGGCUAAUUCUAGGCAGUUAAGUUGACAACAGAUUGUAUGGUGCUAUAAAGACCUGUUGGAAAUACUUCAACAGAUGUCCUUUCUAAAGUCCACUCAGCGCUGAUAUGCAAAAUACACUUGCACUGUAUAAUUUAAAAGAUACGUGAGACUAAAGGUUAUUGAAACAGUUAGGUUUGCUCCUUAUUUUUCAACACUUGUCUUUUUUAAUUGGAUGGAAAAUAAAGAAAUUUGGAUUUUGAACACAUUAAAGAAAAUCCAAAGUCUGUUGUUUCCUCUUUUGGGAUCAAAAAUGCCAACAAAUUACAGUAGAAUAAAAGGUUGUCAUGUACCAACUGUGUGGGUAUCUCUCCACAUCUCUCUUUUUGUGGUAAACUCCUAUAACAUUCUUUUAAAACCAAUUUGCAGAGAAGCUGAAAACUGAAACACUUCAGUAUUUAGUGCAGUCACAACUAGGAUUACUCUGAAACAAACAAAAAUAUCCAGCCAUUUCUCAGGAUGUGUGACUUCUACACCUUUCCAAUCAAGCACUUUUGAUGUCUGUGGUUGCUGUAAAGGUUUUCAGUAGGCAGAGUAUGGAGCAAACAAAGCUCAGUUUAUAUAUUUUCUUGAAUUUUAGACAGGUAGACAGGACUAGUAACUGUGAAGAAAUCAUGGUUCAUUUGAAAAUCAAGUGUGUUCAGAUAAAACUGAAGAAUAACCCAAAUGAUGUAACAUACAAAUAUACUGAAAAUGCAGAAGAUAUUCUAAUCUGUUGGAAGUUAAAUUGCUUCUUUCAGGUGGUUUUUCAUCUUUUAUUUGGAGGGUGUUGGUUUUAUAUACGGGGAGCAAGCGUGAAGUGACUAGCACAUUUAAACACCGAAUAUUUGGAGGGUUUGAAAUUAAAUAUUAGUAAGUUUUCCAAUUUAAAAUUGAAGUCUUGACUAGUGUACUGAAAGAUUCACGGGGUUUAUAAGCAUAUUCAUCAACUAAGAGUGCUUUACCAGAGUACUGUCUGCUGUUCAGCAGCUUUUGUAGCUCUCACAUUUUAAAUGUAAUUGUGUGCUUUUGUGUCCUGCUUCUGUUGCAGCUAUGAGAAAGGGAGAUAACUGGUGGCAAGGGAAAGGGCUUGAAUAAAUGCAAGAGAGAAAAGACAGAUUUUGUAAAGGCCAGGAGUAAGCACAAAAAAAAUCAACUAUGCUACAAAGUAUAACAUGCCAAAGCAAAUAUUUUCAAAGCGCACAAUACUGGGAAUUACACAACUGAUGGGAACUGUGCAUCCUGAGGUUAGUGUCCCGAUGGUAUUACUAACAAGGUUUAACUCACCAAAAGGGCAAAGAAGGAGGUUUAGGCUAAUACCCCUCCUGCUGUGAGAGUGUCUUUUGGGACAAAUGCUGCUCCUGGUUGUGAGAGUGUCUUUUGGGAGAAGCAGUGAAGGACUGGUUUCUGACAAGGAUAAGGAAUCGCACUUUGCUCUGUAACUGAAGUCGUGGUGCCAAAUAUGAAAGCCCAGUAAGCAUUAUUUAAGACAUUUCUCAGGUUAGAAUAACAAAAAAGGAAAAAUGAGCUCAGUGGUCUAUUUCUGCCAGUUAUCAGACAUAGGGAGCUGGUCUGUGAAGGGAAGAAUCUUGCUGUUUUUAACCCUUGGAAAAUCGACUUUUAAAAUCAUAUUUUAAGGUUAAAUCCUAAGAAAGUAUAAAUAAUCCAUUUUGAUGUUAAAUGAGAAUGUGAUUUUAAUCCAGAAGUUGCAUGAGAGAAAUAUUGUGGUAAGGUUUCUUCCGUGUAGCAGGUAAGCCAUUCUGUAUG